UGUUGGCCGGCAUCUUUCCCCUCCUUCGUUCAUCCUCUAUUUAUAGCGGCCCCCAGCAUUUCCCGCCCCCCCAACCCCCUGCUUGUUGUCCAACUUCUCACGGAGCAGCCGGAGAGCAAGCGGCGGGACUCGGCUGAGUAGGCUACCAUGGCAGAGCUUCAGGAGGUACAGAUCACUGAGGAGAAGCCACUGUUGCCAGGACAAACGCCUGAGACUGCCAAGGAGGCCGAGUUAGCUGCCCGCAUCCUCCUGGACCAGGGACAGACUCACUCUGUGGAGACACCUUAUGGCUCGGUCACUUUUACGGUGUACGGCACCCCUAAACCCAAACGCCCAGCCAUAUUCACCUACCAUGAUGUAGGCCUCAACUAUAAAUCCUGCUUCCAGCCACUGUUUCAGUUUGGGGACAUGCAAGAAAUCAUACAGAACUUCGUGAGGGUUCAUGUGGAUGCCCCUGGGAUGGAAGAAGGGGCACCUGUGUUUCCUCUGGGGUACCAGUACCCGUCUCUGGACCAGCUUGCAGACAUGAUUCCUUGCAUCCUGCAGUACUUAAAUUUCUCUACAAUAAUUGGCGUUGGUGUUGGAGCUGGAGCCUACAUUCUGUCCCGAUAUGCUCUGAACCACCCGGACACCGUUGAAGGUCUUGUCCUCAUCAACAUUGAUCCCAAUGCCAAGGGCUGGAUGGAUUGGGCAGCCCACAAGUUAACAGGCCUUACGUCUUCCAUUCCGGAGAUGAUUCUUGGACAUCUUUUCAGCCAGGAAGAGCUUUCUGGAAAUUCUGAAUUGAUACAAAAGUAUAGAAGUAUUGUCACGCAUGCGCCCAACCUGGAGAACAUCGAACUGUACUGGAACAGCUACAACAACCGCCGAGACCUGAACUUUGAACGAGGUGGUGAGAUGACCCUCAAGUGCCCUGUGAUGCUGGUGGUUGGCGACCAAGCACCUCAUGAAGAUGCCGUGGUGGAAUGUAACUCAAAACUGGACCCCACACAGACCUCGUUCCUCAAGAUGGCCGACUCCGGGGGUCAGCCGCAGCUGACUCAGCCAGGCAAGCUGACAGAGGCUUUCAAGUACUUCCUGCAAGGCAUGGGCUACAUGGCCUCUUCCUGCAUGACUCGCCUGUCUCGGUCUCGCACAGCAUCUCUGACCAGUGCAGCAUCCAUUGAUGGCAGUCGGUCCCGAUCCCGCACCCUGUCGCAGAGUAGCGAGUCUGGGACUCUGCCCUCUGGACCCCCAGGGCACACCAUGGAAGUCUCCUGUUAAAUGACCUGCAUUGCCUUGGUGUGGAACCCAGCCCUAACCGCAGCACUAACUUAAGAGGUGUUUUAUCAGGGCGUUGGGCCAGAGUAAGCAAGGAAAAUGGGCAGAUUGUGCAGGGAGCCAAUCUUGAUCUUUAAUUGCUACCCUAACCUUGACCUUUAACCUGUGAUAUCCUCCAGCUCCUAGGUGAGGUGUCCUAAUAUCUCUUAGAGAUCCAGGCCCCCUAAAUGAUCCCCUCUCCCAUUAUGGUGUUGAGAAGGCUUGUAUGUUCUCUCCCUGACCUGUGUUCUAUAGAUGAGGAACAAUAAGCUGUUCGAGCUCACACGGGGCCUCCAUCAAACCCCUCUUUAGCCCAUAUUUGCAAGGGUAGGAGAGUGUGUGUGCGUGCGUGCGUGUGUAUAGGGUUGGUGGUGGGAGGUGAGGAGCUCAAUUCCCCAAAGCUGACAGUGGCUUUGCUCUGAUGUGUCAGGCAAGGUUUGCUGGUGGGUCAGUGACCCUUAACGUGAUAGAAAUAUCCAGCAUGUAAAAAGAAAGUCAGCAUGGGAGAUAGUGGCCAGUGAGGAACAGUGGCGAACACAUUAGGCUGGGACAGUAGGGAGGGGCCUGGGUCCUUUGGCCGCACUAACUUUGAUAGCCGUCAGUGUGCACCUAAAGUGGGACUAGGGGGAAGAGCUUAGGUCUGACUGCUUGGGGCUUGGCAUCAGGGUGGGAAGGGCUACCUCAGGCUCUGACCGUAUUAUGUGUAGAGCGUGACCUCCUAUCUCACACAACUUCUGCUGUGACAAUAAACUAUAGAGGAAACUGAA